GAUCGACUACAAACGGGAGCCAUUAUCUGCUGCUGCUGCUGCUGCUGAACAGAUUCUCGUCUUCCGCUCGACCAUCCUCCUCUUUUCUCUCCCUUCAAGAUGCGCGAAAUUGUGCAUUUGCAGGCCGGUCAGUGCGGAAACCAGAUCGGAGCAAAGUUCUGGGAGGUGAUCAGUGAUGAGCAUGGCAUUGAUCCCACCGGUACCUACCAUGGAGACAGCGAUCUACAGCUAGAUAGGAUCAGCGUCUAUUAUAAUGAGGCCUCAGGUGGGAAGUACGUGCCCCGAGCCAUCCUGGUGGAUCUGGAGCCCGGCACGAUGGAUUCGGUCAGGUCCGGCCCCUUCGGACAGAUUUUCAGGCCUGACAACUUUGUCUUUGGCCAGAGUGGAGCUGGAAACAACUGGGCCAAGGGCCACUACACUGAGGGAGCUGAGCUGGUGGACUCUGUCCUGGAUGUAGUCAGGAAAGAGGCUGAGAGCUGCGAUUGCCUUCAGGGCUUCCAGCUUACUCACUCCCUUGGUGGUGGCACUGGCUCUGGCAUGGGCACCCUGCUCAUCAGCAAAAUCCGUGAAGAGUACCCCGACCGUAUCAUGAACACCUUCAGUGUGGUGCCUUCUCCUAAGGUGUCUGACACUGUGGUGGAGCCCUACAACGCCACCCUCUCUGUGCACCAGCUGGUGGAGAACACUGAUGAGACCUACUGCAUUGACAAUGAAGCACUCUAUGAUAUUUGCUUCCGCACACUCAAACUCACCACCCCCACCUAUGGAGAUCUCAACCACUUGGUGUCCGCCACCAUGAGUGGUGUGACCACCUGUCUGCGUUUCCCCGGCCAGCUCAACGCUGACCUCCGUAAAUUAGCUGUUAACAUGGUGCCCUUCCCCCGUCUUCACUUCUUCAUGCCAGGCUUUGCCCCCCUCACCAGCAGAGGGAGCCAGCAGUACCGCGCCCUGUCGGUGCCAGAGCUCACCCAGCAGAUGUUUGAUGCCAAAAACAUGAUGGCUGCCUGUGACCCCCGUCAUGGCCGCUACCUCACCGUGGCCGCCGUGUUCAGGGGCCGCAUGUCCAUGAAAGAGGUGGAUGAGCAGAUGCUGAAUGUGCAGAACAAGAACAGCAGCUACUUUGUCGAAUGGAUCCCAAACAAUGUGAAGACAGCCGUCUGUGACAUCCCGCCGCGCGGCCUCAAAAUGGCCGCCACUUUCAUCGGCAACAGCACAGCCAUCCAGGAGCUGUUCAAGCGCAUCUCCGAGCAGUUCACCGCCAUGUUCCGUCGCAAGGCCUUUCUUCACUGGUACACAGGCGAGGGCAUGGAUGAGAUGGAGUUCACCGAGGCUGAGAGCAACAUGAAUGACCUGGUGUCGGAGUACCAGCAGUACCAGGACGCCACCGCUGAGGAGGGCGAGUUUGAAGAGGAGGGAGAGGAGGAAGUCGCCUAAACCCUCCACCGUCCACUCAUCUGCCAAACGGUUUUUCAACCUCAUCCAUUUCAUCCCUCAUUACACUGAAAAACAGUCACCAUUCGAGAUCGCUGUUGCUCUAGUGUUAGACAUUGGUGUUAAGAGAUACUAGUGAAGUUCUUGGUUAAAAUGUUUUUUCUAUGUUGUAACUGCACUAAAUCAUUUGCAUCCUUACAUCUGUUGUCAUUGCUUUGCCAAACUCAGCAGCAAGUGCAACUGUGAAGCCCUGAAAUAGAGGAAUGAUUAAAAAAAGUCUCACUA